GGUGGCCGUGACGAAUGCUGCUGCUGCUGUUUGACAUUCACGGCAGGUUCUUGUUAAAAACAACCCUGAAAACCGGUAACCGUUCGCUGUGGCUUGCUUAGGAACGAUUGCGUCGCCGAUUGCGUCACGCGCGGCGGGCGUCCAAACGGCACGGCGCGUGCGGCUCCCCUGGAGAGAGCUCCAGAGGGUUGUAGGCGGGCGUGCCCACACUUUACCCCACCGCGCCACCAUCAUCAUCGUCAUCCUUCUUCUUCUGCUUGGUGUGAAAGUGGCGGGCGGGCGCGGGGUUAAGAAACUCUCCCCAUUGCUUCGACUGCCCGGCGGGAGAGCGACUCGAACCACGACCUCUGCAUUGCGACUCCGGCGUGCAGCUGACAUUCACACACUCCACUGUGGCAGCUGCCUUCGUCUCUCGGUUACACACGUGCCAUGUUUAGUGCUCCACGCAUGUAUAUACACAAUACUGUGCUGGAUGUGUGAGAAACCGCUAACCGGUUAUUUUUCAAUCGGUUCGCUGUCAUACAAAAUAGAUUUAACGUAGAUGCAUAUAAGGUGCGAGCGAGUGAGCGAGCGCGCGCGCAUGCGCAGUGUGGCCGCGCACGGGGUUUCUGACGGGCCCCGGAUUUGGCAUCAGCACCUGCGGGCGAUGUCACGGUCACACGGCGCAUGCGCGCUGGGGUUCAUUGCAGAGAAUUUGACGGCGCCGGCGUAAGGCCCGGGGCCCCGCGGGGACCCAGGGCACCGAGGGGAUCUAGAGGGGCGGAGGAGGGGGCCCUGAGGUUGUCUUCCUGCGCGUCUCCACUCGCAGCGACGAGAGCCCCCGACAGGCAGGGAGGUGCCUGAGCCGGCCCGCCCCAUGCGCUGAGGCCGGGGUUCAUGUCCCGCGAGGGGACCCCGGGGUUCCCGGGCGGCGAGCAGGAGCGGCGAGGGGGACUCGCCCCCCCCGAGGCGGCGUCUCCCGGUGCCCUGCGCUGCGGGGAUGUCGCGGGGGAGCGUGGGGACAGCGACUCCGCGCCCCCGUGUGGGGUCGAGCGGAGUGAAGACCCCCCUGAGACGAGGGUGGAGACCCCUGGCGAUGAGGUGGAGGAGGUGAAGGAGUGCGAAGAGACGGCAGCUGGCAGGGACGCAGCGGGAUCUGGGGUCGGCGAGGGGGCGCGGGACGGGGUCGGCGAGGGUACCCGCGGCGAGGGGAGCCAGAGGAGCAGGAGGUCCUCGUCGCAGAGCGAGGGGGGGGCGCGGUUCUUCGUGGGCGACGACGACGAUGAUGAUGACGACGAGGAGUAUGGCAGCUUCCGGAACGAGGAUAGUGACCUCUACUACGACGACGACGAGGACGAGUCGCCGCCCGAGCGUCAAAUUGUGGUGGGCAUCUGUGCCAUGGCCAAGAAGUCCAAGUCGAAGCCCAUGACCCAGAUAUUAGAUCGCCUCUGCAAGUUCAAGUACAUCACUGUGGUCAUCUUUGACGAGGAGGUCAUCCUUAACGAGCCCGUUGAGAAUUGGCCGCUCUGUGACUGCCUCGUGUCUUUCCACUCAAAAGCAGGCUUCCCGCUGGACAAGGCCGUGUGCUACGCGAGGCUACGCAACCCCUUCAUCGUCAACGACCUCGACAUGCAGUACCACAUCCAGGACAGGCGCGAGGUUUAUCGGAUUCUCAAGGAGGAGGGAAUCGACCUGCCCCGCUUUGCCGUCCUCAACCGGGAUCCCAACCGCCCCGAAGACUGUAACUUGGUGGAGAGUGAGGACCACGUGGAGAUUAACGGGGAGGUUUUCCAGAAGCCGUUUGUGGAGAAGCCAGUCUGUGCCGAGGAUCACAACGUGUACAUCUACUACCCCACGUCAGCUGGAGGGGGCAGCCAGCGUCUCUUCCGCAAGAUCGGGAGUCGCAGCAGUGUGUACUCUCCCGAGAGCACCGUGCGCAAGACCGGUUCCUACAUCUACGAGGAGUUCAUGCCCACAGACGGCACCGACGUCAAGGUGUACACGGUGGGGCCGGACUACGCGCACGCGGAAGCGCGCAAGUCUCCCGCGCUCGACGGGAAGGUGGAGCGCGAUGCCGAGGGCAAGGAGGUUCGCUACCCGGUCAUCCUCAAUGCCCGCGAGAAGCUCAUCGCCCGCAAAGUGUGCAUGGCCUUCAAGCAAACGGUGUGCGGGUUCGACCUGCUGCGCGCCAACGGCAACUCGUACGUAUGCGACGUCAACGGCUUCAGCUUCGUCAAGAACUCCAUGAAGUACUACGACGACUGCGCCAAGAUACUGGGAAAUAUAAUCAUGCGCGAGCUGGGCUCACAAUUCCACAUCCCGUGGUCGAUCCCCACGGAGGCGGAGGACAUCCCCAUCGUGCCCACCACCUCCGGCACCAUGAUGGAGCUGCGGUGCGUGAUUGCCGUGAUCCGGCACGGUGACCGAACCCCCAAGCAGAAGAUGAAGAUGGAGGUCCGGCAUCCACGGUUCUUCGAGCUGUUCGAUAAAUACGACGGCCACAGAACGGGGAAACUGAAGCUGAAGAAACCCAAGCAGCUGCAGGAGGUGCUCGACAUUGCACGGCUGUUGCUGUCUGAGUUCGACCAAAAGAACGACACUGAGAUCGAGGAGAACAAAGCCAAGCUUGAGCAGCUCAAGACCGUCCUGGAGAUGGAGACCAGUGUUAAAGGCUGCCAGUGUGACCUCGCAGAGUCUGCAAUCGUUGUCGACAGCGAAAGGUACGGACACUUCUCGGGCAUAAACCGCAAGGUGCAGAUCACCUAUCUGCCGCACGGGCGGCCGCGGACCUCCAGCGAGGACGACGACGUGCGCAAGGAGGAGCCGUCGCUGCUGUUGGUGCUCAAGUGGGGCGGGGAGCUGACGCCGACGGGACGCGUGCAGGCCGAGGAGCUGGGCCGUGCCUUCCGCUGCAUGUACCCAGGCGGGCAGGUGGAGGGUAGAGGCAGGUGUGGGUGCGAGUCGCCUAUCAGCUGCGGUGACUACGCCGGCUUCCCAGGCUGCGGGCUCCUUCGUCUACACUCCACCUACCGGCACGACCUCAAGAUCUACGCCUCUGAUGAGGGCCGUGUUCAGAUGACGGCCGCGGCCUUCGCCAAGGGCCUGCUGGCGCUGGAGGGGGAGCUGACGCCCAUCCUGGUGCAGAUGGUGAAGAGCGCCAACAUGAACGGGCUGCUGGACUCGGACCAUGACUCGCUGAGCACGUGCCAGCAGCGCGUCAAGCAGCGCCUCCACGACAUCCUGCAGAGGGACCGUGACUUCAUGGAUGACGAUUACACCAAGCUGGCUCCCACAGGCAGCAUCUCCGUCAUUGCGUCGAUGCGUUCCAUCCGGAACCCCGUGCAGACCUGCAACCAGGUGUACACACUCAUCCAGAGCCUCACCUCCCAGAUCCGCAAGCGCAUGGAGGAUCCAAAGUCUUCAGACAUCCAGCUGUACCACAGCGAGACGCUGGAGCUGAUGCUGCGGCGCUGGUGCAAGCUGGAGAGGGACUUCAAGCUGAAAAAUGGGCGCUACGACAUCAGCAAGAUCCCCGACAUCUACGACUGCAUCAAGUACGACACGCAGCACAACGCCGCACUGGCCCUGGAGGAUACCACCGAGCUGCACCUGCUGUCCAAGGCGCUGGCGGACAUCGUCAUUCCGCAGGAGUAUGGCCUGAGCCGCGAGGAGAAACUGGACAUUGCGUUCAGCUACUGCCAGCCACUCAUCUGCAAGAUCCGGUCGGACUUACAACGUACGCAGGACGACGACACGGUCAACAAGCUGCACCCACUGUACUCGCGCGGUGUGAUGUCGCCGGAGCGGCACGUGCGCACGCGCCUUUACUUUACCAGCGAGAGCCACAUGCACUCGCUGCUGUCGCUGCUGCGCUACGGGGGGCUGCUCGACGAGGAGAAGGACGAGCAGUGGAUGCGCGCGAUGAACUACCUGAGCGAGGUGACGGAGCUGAACUACAUGACGCAAAUCGUCAUCAUGCUCUAUGAAGACCCUAACAAGGACCCGUCCUCUGAGGAGCGCUUCCACGUGGAGCUGCACUUCAGCCCUGGGGUCAAGGGCACCGAGGGAGAGCGCAGCCACCCGGCGGGGUCAGGUUUCAGGCCGGCCUCCCGUGAGAGCGAGGGAGCCCCCCCACAGCAAGGCCCCCCGGACCCGGACGCGGCGCCACUCGCUCGCGACGAGGUGGACAAUGCCACGGUGUGCCGACCUAUGACCUCUGACCCCAUAUUCAUCCAUCGUAGAUCACCCCUCUGUAAGUCGAGGAAGGUCGGUUCCUUGGAAGACGACCCCCUGCACGGCGGCUUGAGCCCGGAGCCGGGCUGCGUGUGGGUGGCGCCCGUGCGGCUCCGUAGCACGUCGGCCGAAUACCCCGCCCCCGGCUCCCCAAAAUCCCUCGCCCUCUCCUCCAUUCUCGCCUCCUGGCAGCAGGUUUUAUCCGAAACGUCCGCGUUUCCAGGCGGCCCACGACGGCUCACCGUGGCCACGCACGCAAGCAAUGUCAAGCACAGCCAGGAGCCCAAGCACAGCGGCCUGGGGUCGCAGUGCGCUGGUCUGUUCAGCACCGCAGUGCUGGGGGGCUCCUCCAGUGCCCCCAACCUGCAGGAUUACGCGCGAGCCAGUCGCAAAAAACUGGGGGCCGCCACCCUGCAUUACGAUGAGGCUUUGCGCAGCUCGCCUAUAAAGCGGUUUUCUAUCUCGUAUGCCUGCUGCCCGACCAAUGACAUCCCCCAGGAGCUGCUGUUCCUGCUGUCCCAGGGCAGCGGCACAGCCGACAGCUCGCUGCUGCAGCACCUGUGCCACUGCUCCGAGCACCAGAAGCUGCUCAAGCGCUGGUCCAUCUCCAACCUGGACCUGCUCGCCUGCCUCUACGGGGGCUUUGAAGGCUACUCCAUGGUGCCGUCUAUCUGCCCCUUGGAGACGCUGCACAACUCACUCUCCCUCAAGCAGAUGGACGCGUUCCUCGCCACCGUCACGCACCUGAGCUGCGCCGCCAGCGCCGCCGGUGGUCGCAGCUGCCCGUGCAGGUGCCAGGGGGAGUCGACGGGCAUUCGCCGCUCCCCGCCAUCCUCCCUGCCACUGCCGUGCAGCGACAAGCCGCCCUGGUGCAGCAGCGGCCCCUCGAGCGCGGUGUCGAGCGCGGGGCCCUCCUCCCCCACGGCCUCCGAGCCCUCGCUGCACUUCGGAGCCUCGCUCACGUCGCAGAGCUCUGACGACAAAACCAUGGACCCGGGACAGAGCUCCGAGCCGGGGCUCGUGAUCGCAGGGCAGAGCUCCAAGGUGGGGCGCUUGGGGUCGGGACACAGCUCCGAGGGGGGGCUCACGGACAGUCCGUCUAUCGACUCCCCAGAGGAGCGAAGUUUGUCUCAGCCCAGCAGCACAGCCAGUGCGGACGCCGGGGUGUAGUGCUCGCUGGACAUGAGACGGAGCCAUCGUCGAGUGGCUGACUGCUGCUGCUGCUGCUGCUGUUGCUGCUGCCAGUGUGGAGUUGGCUGCGAAGUGCCCGGGCCUACUCUCUCCGCUGCCUGAGGAAAAACUCCUGCUGCGCCACAGGCAUUGCCGCGCAUAGAGGAGGCACUUGUUGGAUGAGAAGCACAGACACGCGCAGUAACGGUCGUACAUACACAAGACAUGCAGAGCAAUCACGAGUGAGACCCACCCAGUCACACACAAUACACAAACACACGUUCAAGAUGCACAACAAUAACAACAACAGCCACCAUUUGCCACCAAGUGGCGAUGACGUCACAGCGGCACUCGUGCCGGGCGAGAUGCACUUUGAGGGCGCGCUUGGUGUCGGGACAGAGCCGGGUGUGACGGGUUAAAUGACUGAGAUGGCUGACAGAUGCACACAGAUACUGUUGCGUCUAGUUAAACACACAGUCACACAAUCACACACAUACAAGCACGCAGAUACACCAUCACUCACAGUAGCACAUGUACAUACACCUAAUCGCACACCACUCAUACAUACGGACAAUAGACACGCACGUUGGGCCACGUACAGUCAGACAUGCGGUGACACACAAAGAUCCCUAUCAUUACAGGCAAGUGGGACAGGUGCUAUUAGUGAGCACCUAUUACGGCCAAAACGGUUCACGAUGGGGUGAUGUGGCCUGACCCACGCCUUUAUCUCCAUUUUCACGAAGUUUGCACUCCGCAACACGCAUUCGAGUCCGUGUCAAGCUCGGGGAGGCCCCUGACCGGCUCAGAUAUCGAACAACACCGAUAUUGGCCGUGAAUCUAACGCAGCUUUCCGCUGGGUUCACGGCACAGCACGCUAACCACUGUGCCACCGCUCGCCACACGAUCGCACACGAGAGACGCGGACACUUAAUCGUGCUCGCUCGCGUGUCAUCGGAGAGACGUGCACGCUUCGAUAAGGCCGCACGGCCGCCGCGUGUUUUGUCAAAACAAAGCGCGCGUAACACGAGGCCCGUGACGACGCGAGCGGCGUGUGGGAGUUGUCGCGCCCUGCGCUCGCGCGUCCCCCACGGGGGCGGCGGAGUCGCCCUCCUCGUCGCGGACGUUGCCGCGGCAACGUUGACGAGCCGAGCGGGCGGGUUUGGAUCCACGGCGUGGGCUUUGCCGGCGGUGGCCUGUGCGAUGUUCGCGGGUUUAGAUUUUAUGUGUUCCGAUUGUUGUACCCUCACACGAUGGCACAUGCACUGAAUUAAUAUAUAAACGUACGGCGUGUGAAAUGGCACGAG